CGCGACGCGAUGAGAUCUACUUUUCUGCUAACAGGAAGACACGUACUUGUGCUCUCAUUGUUUAAAUGGACAGUAGAGGGUGCUGUGCGGUUUCUUGAAGCUCCAUCUGGUAUUGUAUACAUUCCUCCCACUAACUUUGCUGCAAAGAGAGUGCUGUGUGUCACCAAUGAGAAAGCUAGCAUCACAUGGGCUUAUGAAGACAGUGGUGUUGAACUGAAGCCUUCUCAAUAUCCCAUUGUAGUGCUAAACGACACUGCUAGUGCCAUGAAUGUCAGUGAACAAGUUGCUGGUACUUUGCCAGGUUUAUUUACACUUCGUCGAGUGCAUUGUCUAGCAGGAAGUGUCGACAGCAGUAGUUUUCUCUUUCAGUUUGGAGGGAGAACACUAAUGGAAACUGUCAAGACCUAA